GGUCUAUCUCCCCAUCUAUACCUCUCACUUGCAACUCUAUUAAAAACUCUUCUCUUCUCCUCCUCCAUCAAUAUCUCUGGUUCUUCUUUCUUUUUUAUUACCUUCUGUCUUGUCUCUUUUGUUAUUCUAUUUUUAUGUAUCUGCUCCAGGUCAAAUAUUUCUUUUAACAGCCCAGUAAGUUUCUCUCUUCUUUCCCUUUUCUUUUUUGCCCCGGACGUGAUCAAUAUACCUCUUAUGUAGGCCUUAUGGGACUCCCAUACUGUAGCCACCGACACUUCCUCUGUCUCAUUCUCCUGAAAAAAAUCUUUCAAUUUCUUCUCUAAUCUUCUGAUCAAUCUCCUGAUCCAGGAUAAGAACCUCAUUCAACUUCCAUCCUAUACCACCUGUCAAUCGCCUCCCCCAUUCUAAUUUCAAUGUAACAGGGGCAUGGUCUGAAAGAGACAUUGCCUCUAUUUCUACUUUAGCCACCCUCUCUAUGAGUUGAUGCUCAACCAAUAUAUAGUCCAUUCUUGAGUACAUCUCGUGUGCAUUAGAGAAGAAGGUAUAAUCUCUCUCCUUUCCAU